CGGGGCUGGAAGCAAAAUGGACUGUAAAAUGAAUUUGACGCGGAAUAAAACUUGACUGUACGAGCAAAACCCUGGAGUAACUUUUUAACGGCGGCGGCUUUGAGCUCAGAUAAGGGCUCGAUCAUGACUAAUGAUGACGACUGUUGUUCGACAGCAGAAGAUGGAGCUGAGAGCGACCAUCAGCAGCCACUCAUUCUGGAAAGAGUGGAGAAGGAAAAAGAGAAAAGUUUUCAGACUCUUCUGUCACAGCGGCUGAACAAACACUGCUCAUGCACCCCAAAGAAAGUGAAAUCCAAAAUACUGGUUGUCCCAAUUCUGAAAUGGUUGCCUCGUUACCAGCUCAGAGACUGGAUCCUGGGCGACAUCAUGUCAGGACUGAUAGUUGGAAUCCUUUUGGUCCCCCAGUCCAUAGCCUACUCCCUUUUGGCCAGUCAGGACCCCAUUUAUGGUCUCUACACAUCAUUCUUCUCCUCCAUCAUCUACGCCCUUUUAGGCACUUCCAGACACAUCUCAGUGGGGAUUUUUGGGGUGCUCUGCCUGCUCGUGGGUCAGGUGGUGGACAGGGAGUUAGCUUUGGCAGGAUACCUGACAGAGAGCAGCGGCAUCAUUAGUAACAGCAGCGUCGAAGCGCUGGCAGGCCUCAGGAACGGCAGCAUCGGAGUGGAGUGUGACCGGAGCUGCUAUGCAAUCACAGUGGGAGCUACCGUCACCUUUACUGCCGGAGUUUACCAGGUGUUGAUGGGUAUUUUCCAGGUGGGCUUCGUCUCAGUCUACCUCUCAGAUUCCCUUCUUAGUGGCUUUGCUACCGGAGCAUCCCUGACCAUCCUCACUUCCCAGAUUAAAUACCUCCUUGGCCUGAAGAUCCCCAGACCCCAAGGCUGGUUCACCUUGUUCAAGACCUGGUACGGGAUCCUCACCAACCUGGGAAACACCAACAUCUGUGACCUAGUGACCAGUUUGGUGUGUUUGCUGAUACUGAUACCAACCAAGGAGCUCAAUGACCGCUUUAAAGCCAAGCUAAAGGCUCCAAUCCCCUUCGAGCUCUUUGUGGUGAUAAUAGCAACUCUAGCCUCCCACUUUGGUCAUUUCCACACCAACUACGGGUCUGGUGUGGCUGGUGAUAUCCCCACAGGCUUCCUUCCUCCCCAGUUACCUUUAUGGUCUCUCAUCCCCAACGUGGCCGUCGACGCCUUCUCCAUCGCCAUCGUAGGAUUCGCCAUCACCGUCUCACUGUCGGAAAUGUUUGCCAAGAAACAUGGCUAUUCUGUGGACGCUAACCAGGAGAUGUACGCCAUCGGCUUCUGCAACAUCCUGCCAUCGUUUUUCCGCUGCUUCACCACCAGCGCCGCUCUGACAAAGACCCUGGUAAAGGAGUCGACAGGGUGUCAGACUCAGAUUUCAGGCCUCAUUACAGCGCUGAUCCUGUUGCUGGUGCUGCUGGUCAUCGCACCACUCUUCUAUUCCCUCCAAAAAUGUGUUCUAGCCGUCAUCAUUGUCGUCAACCUCCGCGGAGCUUUAAGAAAAUUCACUGACAUCCCUCGAAUGUGGCGUGUCAACCGCGUCGAUGCCUCCGUCUGGCUGGUCACCAUGGCGACCUCAGCUCUGGUGAACACAGAGCUGGGUCUCCUCAUCGGGGUUUUAGUGUCGGCCUUCUGCGUCCUGGGCCGGACCCAGCAGGCUCACGUUCUGGAGCUGGGCCGGGCCACAACCAGGGACCAUUACGAAGACCUGUCAUCGUACCGCGGUCUCCGAAGACAUGCCGGCAUCCCUGUUUUUAGAUAUGAGGCUCCGAUCUACUACGCCAACCAGAGCUUGUUCAAAAAAGCCCUUUACAAGUGUGUAGGUCUCGACCCGGUGAAGGAGAAAAGCCGCCGCAUGAAGGAGAUGAGGAAAAAUGACCAAAAAGCAGAAGCAACGGGAUUAAAUAAUGUUCACUCGGAGGAAAAGGAGGCUGAAGCAGGACCGACUGUUACUUUGAUGCUUGACGAGAAAACUUCCUACAGCAUGCGCAGCUUGGUGAUCGACUGCAGCUGCAUUUUGUUUGUAGAUACAGCCGGUGUGAACGCCUUGAAAGAAGUUUGCAAAGACUACGGAGAACUUGGGGUCAAGAUUGUCCUGGCCCAGUGUAAUACCUCAGUGCUGGAUUCUCUUGAAAGAGGGGGAUACUACCCCGAAAACAAAGGAGGUGAUGGAGGAGAGAGCAAAAUUAUAUUCUUCACCAUCACAGAUGCCGUCCAUUAUGUCCAAAGCCACGCUGCUUCCAAUGGAGAUUAUCAGCGUAAAUGAUUAUCUGUCCAUAUAUGUCUGUUUACAUUAGGGAUGCACCGAUAUACUGACUUAACAUCAGUUUCAGCCAAUAUCAAACCUGUCGACCCACACAGGGCAUUUAUGGAUGGCAGUGGCCAAUGUUAUGUCAUAUUAUAGGUUGUUUCAUAACUUUAUGUGACUGAAUUUGUGCUCAUACAAAGACAGUGUGAGGAAGGCUGAAAACAAAACUAAUUCAAUUCUCUUAUUGCUUUAUCAUAAAGAUUUUGGGCAUAAAACAGGGAAUAAACUAAUUCAAGCAAAAUAAACAUUGGCAUCAGCCAUCAAACUGGUGUAAACCUAGAAUUUCACAAUCGGUGCAUCCCUAGUUUACAUAUGUAAACUUCACAUGAUACA